AUUAAAAAAACAAUUCACACCAAAACAAUAACAAAAUGUCAUCCAAAAUAUCAAAUUCCAUAGCUAUUUCAUUUUUCCUUGUCCUUAUAAUAAACUUGUCUAUAGUUGAAUCAUCGAAUAAAAUUCGCGCACAUCGACCUUGUAAAACCCUAAUUUUUUACUUCCAUGACAUAUUAUACAAUGGUGAAAAUGGCAAAAAUGCAACAUCAGCUAUUGUUGGAGCUCCAUCAUGGGGAAAUCUUACAAAAUUGGCUGGACAAAAUCAUUUUGGAGAUUUAAUUGUAUUUGAUGAUCCAAUUACUUUGGAUAAUAAUAUUCAUUCAAAUCCAAUUGGUAGAGCACAAGGUUUUUAUUUUUAUGAUAAAAAAGAAAUAUUUACUUCAUGGUUAGGGUUUUCAUUUGUUUUUAAUUCAACUCAACAUAAAGGGAGUAUUAAUUUUGCUGGAGCUGAUCCAAUUAUGAAUAAAACUAGAGAUAUUUCUGUUAUUGGUGGAACUGGUGAUUUCUUCAUGACUAGAGGAAUUGCUACUCUCAUGACUGAUUCCGUUGAAGGUGAAGUUUAUUUUCGAUUACAAGUCGAUAUUAAACUUUACGAGUGCUGGUAAUAAUUUUAGACAUUACGUUAUUUUUGUUGUUGUUAUAUUUUUUUUUGUGUGUGUGUUGAAAGAUGUAUUAUUGGUUAAAGAUUCGAAGAAUCCUAUCUAAUAUAUGAAGUUUUAUUUUUGAUAAAAUCAUUUGGUAUC